AUGUUCACCGCCUGUUUGUUACAUUACAACUUGGAUGUAGCUACUGCCGUUCGCUACGUUGGGAACAUACAUACAGGGGCCCAUCGUGAUUGGAACACUUUAGAACCAGAGCUACGUGCGGCAUCAGUCGAUGAUGGUCUGGUUGCAAAUUUACGGCGCGUGCUCGUUGGCGGUUGUCCGAAUUAUGUCAAUGCCACGUCGUCCGAGAAGAAUCGGCGAUCCUUCGCUGAAUAUGGAAAUCACGACUCGGUUUAUACCAAUGUCGAAAAAACACAGAAAGCAGUCCAGAAGGAUUUCGCCCGAUCCCACAGCCUUGUUGGCAACCCUCUGUUGACGCCUUUCCUACCAGAUACACAGCAGACCCCGCAAGGCCUGGUGGUUGUCCCAGGAAAGAGCGAUCGUCAAAUCUGUGAUGGCACUUUUUGUCCUUUGCUCGAGUCUAUCGCUACCAACGAUAUGACAACCAAAGAUACGGAGCACAAGGUCAAAUUUCCGAAAUCGCUUCGGAACCACCUGGCAUAUAUCUACAAUGCUCGGAUCAGCUACAAAUCUGAGGAACUUUACCUCGGUGACAACGACGUCUCGGGCGCCUUUCGCCACGGCAAAUGGAACCCAAAUGUGAUUGGUAUGCAUAUGUUUUCUAUUUUCGGUUACCUGUUUUUCUGCACUGGUCUGACAUUCGGUGGCAAUACCUGUCCGUCGAAUUUCGAGAUUAUAGCCUUAAGCCGUAUGGCUAUUGCACGCUUCCUCUGGUCACAGGCUUCUACAAUUGCUAGGGUUCUACAAUACCUUCCGGCGAUAUCGACAUCACCGGAACCAACACCUGACGAGAUCGCACAGUUCACCCCAGCGGAAGCCGACUCCAUCAACAAAGGUGUCUUCAACCCGGACGGAUCUCGGAUCCCACCCAAUUUUGACCACCAUGUGGAUGAUUGUCUUUAUGUUGAUGUCGCAAAGACACUGAGACAAACAAUAGCCUCCAGUGUUCUGGCUCUUUACUUGAUCCUUGGUUUCCCAGAUGCCUCAAAAGGGAUUUGA